UGUUGAAGGUUACCAAUGUACAGCUAUGGAGAAAAUAUCGGCCCAGUUGCAAGGAGAGAAUUAGUCAAUCACUUUCCGUAUCGGGUAUCCAUUGAUUCAUAAAGUGGUACAGAGUGGGGAUGGAGAGACAGACUGUUCCUUUCAAACACGAAUCUGUGUUCCCGAACGGAACAAUUUGUGAUCGAGAACGGCAAUCGGAGAACGAUGGAGUUUACCGUUGUGUCGCGUCUAACAAACAGGAGAUGAUCGGGUGCACUGCACAAGUCAAUGUCAUGGUGAGCGACGACUCACCAUACGGGGUGGCUAAGGACGCCCGCAUCCCGCCAACCGAGCCGAUGAUGACCUUGAAGGCUGAUGAUCAGCCACGAAGAGAUCUAGUGUCCUGGGAUCGUAGCGUUAGCUCUAGGCUAGCGGGCAACUACACUUGCUGGCGGCGAACAAGGCAGGACCACAACUUCACGGCCAACUGCUGGUCAACGGGGCGUAAAAUGGAGUCUUAUCAUUCACUGGUUGGUCACGAAAGCAAACAGCUAAAGGAAAUAGAUGUCAGCACGCACCAAUCAGGAAUGACCCUCCUGCCUAACGGGUCUCUGUUCUUCGAAACCGUAACACAAGACGACGAAGGGCAGUAUGUGUGUGAAGCUCGUAAUGGCAUAGGCGUCGGUCUCAGCGCUGUAUUGUAUCUGACGAUCAACGCUCCUGUCCACUUCAAAGUGCGUUCACGAAAGGAAAUGGUGAGGCGCGGAGGUACUGCCGUGUUACGUUGUCAAGCUUUGGGUGAUAUGCCAAUAACAUUUGCUUGGAGAAAAGAAGGCAGUUUCAUGGAUUUGCAAAGACGAUCUAGCGUGAAGAACAUAACAGGAGGUUUGGAGUCUGAACUGAGGGUAAAUGCUGUAAACUCAGAAGACGGAGGAAUAUAUACUUGUUUCGCCAGGAAUGGAUAUGGUCAUGACCAAACGACGAUUCAUCUUCUUGUUCAGGAUGCUCCUGAGCAUCCCACGAACCUAAGAGUUUUGGACCAGAGCAGUAGACGCGUUACCGUUGCUUGGACUCCCGCCCAAGAUGGAAAUAGUCCUAUUACUCGUUAUUUAAUACGCUAUAGUCCCAUGAAAGACGCGUGGGCGGGUCCGAGCCUGGAGACGGUGGUGGAGGGCGGGCAGAGCAGCGCGCUGCUGGCCGGCCUGCAACCCGCCACCACGUACAGCGUGCGCGUGCUGGCCGAGAACACGCUGGGGCCCGGCGCCGCCAGCAACGAGCUGCUGGUGCGCACGGCCGAGGAGGCGCCGUCGGCCGCGCCGCUGCGCCUCAGCGCAGACGCGCGCAGCUCCACGCAGGUGGCGCUGGCCUUCGACCCGCCGCCGCCCGACGCGUGGAACGGCCCGCUGCUCGGCCACUACGUCGGCCACCGCCUGCUCGGGGACACCGAGGGUAAAAGGCAAUACAAUUUCACCACAGUCCCAUUCCACGGCGCUGGAAGAGAAGAAGUGCAACUGAACGACUUGAAGAAAUUCUCCAAAUAUGCAUUGGUGGCCCAGGCGUUCAACACGAAAGGACCAGGGCCCCUUUCUGACGAAGUCAUCGCACAGACUUUGGAGGAUGUUCCAGAGGCAUCCCCUCGCGACGUCCGCUGCACGGCCCUGUCUCCGGAGUCUCUGCAAGUCAGCUGGCAGCCUCCGCCAGAGACGCUGGUGCAUGGCGUCAUUCAGGGCUAUCGCCUCUUCUACGAACCUAUGCCAACGCUGACCCAAGAAGAAACGGUCGAAUCUAGAACUAAGAUAACUACUGCACUGACCACUGUACUGCAUGGGCUUAUGAAAUACACAAAUUAUAGUGUAGAGAUCCUUGCGUUCACUCGGAUUGGAGAUGGUGUGAGGUCUUCCAGAACAUAUUGUCGAACGAAAGAAGACGCGCCGGGGCCGCCCAGCAGCAUCAAGGCGGCGCUGUCGGCGCCCGACGCGGCGCUGGUGGCGUGGCUGCCGCCGGCGCGGCCCAACGGCGUGCUCUCCAAGUACCACGUGUACGUGCGCGCCGUGGAGGGCGGCGGGCGCCAGGUGGACGCGCGCUCCGUGGUGCACGCCGCGACGGCGCCGCUGCAGUUCCAGCUGCCCGGGCUGCGGCGCCAGCUGCGCUACGAGUUCUGGGUGACGGCCUUCACCAAGGUGGGCGAGGGCAAGAGCACGCCCGUCGCCGCCGUCACGCCCGCCGCCAAAGUGAGCGCCAGCAUCGUGUCGUUCGGCGAGGUGCGCGUGACCGCGUGGCGCAGCGAUGUGCGGCUGCCGUGCGAGGCCGUGGGCAUCCCGGAGCCCUCGCGGCGCUGGCAGCGGCCUGGCGACCUCUCCAUGUCGCAGCAGCCACGCGCGCACGUGCUGCCCGACGGCGCGCUGCUGCUCAGCAACGUGCAGCGCAGCGACCAAGGGGAGUACGUGUGCCAGGUGUCCAACGACCACGGCAGCGACCACAUCACCUACCAGCUGGUCGUCCAAGCACCCAGCACUCGCUCCAGCUACAAUGGAAGCUCGGGGACAACGGGGGCAGCAGCGUGCGGGGGUUCGUGCUGCACUACAAGCACGAGCACGGCGAGUGGGAGGAGCUGCAGCUGGACGGGGGGCGCAGCACGCAUGGGCACGGGCGACCCCAGCCCCACGCUCAACGUGCGCACGCGCGGCGCCGUGCCGCUGCGCCCGCAGUCGUACGAGCUGUUCGCCGUCAACUCCACCUCGGUGCAGCUGCACCUGCACUCCUGGCCCGACGGCGGCUGCCCGCUGCUGUACUUUGUGGUGGAGUACGCCCACUACUUGCCGGACGGGGAGGAGCGGUGGGAAGUGGUUGGAAACAACAUCGCCACUGAUAAGAUGUUUCCAUUAGUCGGCCUUAAUUCGGGGCAAACCUACAAAAUAAAGAUUACUGCUCAUAAUGCUGCAGGAUCUACAGUAGCUCAGUAUAAAUUUAAAACCUUAAGUGAAUUUGGAGGUACGGCGGGGCCCAGUCAUGUGAUAACACGAACUGAGCAACGCACACCACUGCACAAAGACACGAAGAUGGUCGUGUUGGCAGUAUUUUCAGUUCUUGCUCUCGUCCUUAGUUUAUUGGGAGUUUGUUUCUGCUUGAAGAAACGAGCUGCACGGAGCCCAUCUCCUCACUCAAGUUUGCAAGACAUGCAGGCGAACGCGACCCAAGAUAACAAACACAAUUUAGCUCGAAGCGAAAAAUAUUACGCCACUAUCAGGAAAUUGUCUCCAUCGCCGGGAACGUUGGAAUGCAUUCCAGAAUACUCGGAAGAUAUUCGACCAUAUGCUACAUUUCACGUGCCGGCACCUCCAAAUUCUGAUACAACUAAGUUACAAACGUUUGUUUACAGAGAAGAUAUGUCUCCUUCACGAAAGUCCAUGAAGAGCGAAUACCGCCGAUCUCGGAGACCUCGUCCCACCGACGAGUAUGACAGUUUUGGCUCAGAAUCGGAUACAGAACCUGGAACCUCCAGCCGAACCGAGUCUUCCAACCAGUUGGACAGCGGAGCAGUGCCUGGGGACCUAAGCCGAACAGAAGAAAUAUUC